AUGAAGAGAUUGGUACAGCGCGGCAGGUGGUUUCUUCCAGAGAAGAAUGACCAACCCCUCUCGCGUCCCUUCCCUUAUACCCACGAACAGGCUCCUCCCACCAUCGGUGGCAUCGCCCCCUCCUCCUCCUUGACCGCUAAUUUCCUUAUAAGAGCUUUGAUGAAGUUGGUGAAUGAGCAGCAGAACAACUGGGACACAUUCCUUGAUGCCACACUGUUCUCUUUGAGGUCAAAGGUGCACAUCUCAACCAAACACACCCCAUUCCAGUUGAUGUAUGGGCGGGAGGCUGUGUUCCCCUCAGAGGUGCCUGUAGAUUAUCCUCAGGUGGGGGACCAUGACUGUCACCCCCUGCAGGACACUCUGCUCUGGAGAGCAGCUUCAAUUCACCAGGACACUGCCAAAUGUGACAGCUACACACCAAUGGAACUUGAGAGUGAGAAGGCGCUUGACAUACAAACAGAACAGAGCAAUGAGGGUAUGCCCCAUUGGGCAGUCUUUAUUCAAAGUUCCAACCCAAAGUACAACAAAGGAAAGCAAACAGCAAAGCCAACACUUGAGGCUGACCAGGACAGAAAGCCAACGCACUGGCCUUCAGGAUCUGUGAACUCUUCGCGUAUCCUGAGCACAUCACAUGCAGGAAUGACCUGGCUCCCAGUCGUCCCGAGCACCAGCUAA